AGAUGAGUGCAGACUGGUGUUAAUAACUGAAUCUGUGGCCGUCAUCAGGACACGGAUCCUCGGCGACAGCUCAGGUAGAGCUCUGCCCGGUCCCCUGCACUGCCCUGUAUUUGAUCUGAGCCGGAGAAGAAGAGGCUAACAUGGCAGCCAAAGCAGGAGACAACCCUGACAGCCUCAUGACUCUGGCGACGGUCUUCUGCCUGAGGAACCUCCGGAAGACCAUGUGCUACCAGGGAUUCAGCAACAAGUUGUGCCUGCGCUCGGACAUCUUCCUUCCCAGCGAAAUCUGCGACAAGCUGGUCAACACAUACAUGGAGUUGGUCCACACAGACAGUAACUUUGAACCAGAGGAAAGCUUCUUUCAAUUAUUCUCAGACCCUCGAAGCACCAGACUGACCAGGGUACAGCUGAGAGAAGACUUUGUGCGUGACAGAGACCUGGAGGCCAUUAGAAAACAGGAUUUGAUUGAGCUCCACCUCACCUACUGCAACAGCCUGUCAUCCCGCAGCUUGAAAACACUGACCUGCUUCCGAGAGACCCUGGUCUCCCUCUGUCUCUUCGGCUGCAGUCGCAUCUUCUACAGGAAGGGCGGCGCCCCGCUCGCAUGCAACGAAGACACAGAGGACGAGGAGGACGAGAGCCCCGCUUCUCGGCAAGCGUUAGAGACGGACUUUAACUUCCAGGGGUUCAACCGCCUCAGGUUGCUCAACCUGGGCGGGCUGCCUGACGAGGUGGAUGCAGAGACCCUGCUGAAACCCCUGAAGUCGCUCACCUUACUAGAUCUGUCUAAUGUACAGUUACUGGGAACAGCCUUUCUGACCCAGUGGAAAGACAGACUGGCAUCUCUUGUUCUCUACAAUGUGGACCUGUCAGAGGAAUUGGUCAAUACCGUGGUGGAGCUUGUCAAUCUCAGGCAUCUGGACAUCUCGCGGGAGAGCAGGCGGACCUCCAAGUCUAAGAUGAACCGCAAAAUCCUGACGGCCAUCGUUCAGUGCCUGGUCAACCUGGUAUCGCUGGACAUCUCGGGUCACAUCAUGCUCGACAACUGCACGGUUCCACUCUUCGAAGAAGCUAUGGGUCGGCCAAGCAUUGAGCCAUGUAAGAGCAGCAUCUACCCUUUCCAAGAGCUGAAGAGGCCCCUGCAGUUUCUGGGCUUAUACGACACAACCCUUUGUAAUGUGACACACAUCCCUGCUUAUAAGGUGACUGGAUCAAAGAAUGAAGACCAGGUCCUAAACGCCAUUGAGACUUACACAGAGUUUCGUCCUGAGCUGGCCCACAGAGCCAUCAAUCAGCUGUUCGACAUCGCCAGGAUACAACACUGCAGCCAGCUGCUCCGAGCUCUGCAACUCGUCAUAGCAGCACUAAAGUGCCAUAAGUAUGAUAAGAGCAUCCAGGUGACGGGAAGCGCCGCUCUUUUCUACCUGACCAACACAGAGUACCGCAGCGACCAGAGCGUGCGGUUGCGCCGUGAAGUCAUCGAGGUGGUGCUCAAUGGAAUGGAGCAGUACCAGGAAGUCACUGUCCAGAGGAACUGCUGCUUGACUCUGUGUAACUUCAGUAUUCCUGAGGAGCUGGAGUUCCAGUACAGUCGCGUCAACCAGCUGCUGCUUAAAAUCCUGGAGCCAGCCAGGCAGGAGGAGUCCAUCCAGAGAAUUGCCGUGCACCUCUGCAACGCUUUGGUAUGCCAGGUGGACAACCAUCACAAGGAGGCUGUGGGAAAGAUGGGAUUUGUCAAGACAAUGUUGAAUUUAAUUCAGAAGAAGCUACAGGACAAAAUGUGUGACCAGGUGAUGGAGUUUUCCUGGAGCGCUCUGUGGAACAUCACUGACGAAACGCCCGACAACUGUCAGAUGUUCCUCAACUGUCGGGGCAUGAGCCUGUUUCUGGAGUGUCUACAGGAGUUUCCAGACAAGCAGGAGCUGCACCGCAACAUGCUGGGGCUUUUGGGAAAUGUCGCUGAAGUCAAAGCUCUGAGGCCGCAGCUGCUCACCCCACAGUUCAUCACUGUAUUCAGUAACCUGCUGGACAGUAAGGCAGACGGGAUCGAGGUGUCAUACAACGCGUGCGGCGUGCUCUCACACAUCAUGUUUGACGGGCCGGAGGUUUGGUCCAUGGAAGAGCCCCGAAGAGACACGGUGAUGGACAAGAUGUGGGACGCCAUCCAGAGCUGGGACGUCACCUCACGCCGCAACAUCAACUACAGGUCAUUCGAGCCCAUCUUGCGGCUGCUGCCUCAGAGCAUCGCCCCCGUCAGUCAGCACUGGGCCACAUGGGCUCUGUUCAACCUGGUGUCAGUUUACCCAAGCAAGUACUGUCCUCUGCUGAUAAAAGAAGGAGGAAUAGUCCUUUUGGAGAAAGUUCUGGAGCUCGACAGCUCACAGCCAGAGACAAAGGAGAUGGCCAGGAAAGUAAUGGAGCAUUGUGAAAACUUCAAAGAAGACCCCAUGGAAACAAACCAUGGACAGGAGGUAAACUAUGGACAGAGAGGUUGAACCACAGGAGCCCGGUUCCCAGUAAACAUCAAGCAAAACCAACCUAAGGCCCCUCCUACCAUCAUCACCACAAGGGUCAAUGUGUGCAUUCUUCUUCUUCUUCUCAUUAUUAUUAUUAUUAUUAUUAUUAUUAUUAUUAUUAUUUUGUAGAGCCGAAUCGUGACCCUCUUCACAGCAGUUUGGACAAAAACUUAAUAUAUGACACAUAGGAGUUAAGAUGUGGUGCAUGGUGUUCUUUUUUUGUGAGGGUGCUCACCUGUGCUGCACAUA